GAGCUUGCGAGCGAGCGAGCGAGCGAGCGAGCGGCGGGAUUAGCAGCCGGCGCCCUCACUUCCGCGUCCCGCCGCCCUGCGGCCCGCGCGCGCCAGCCACCGCCGCCAUCGGACAAUGGGCCGCUCGUCCCGGCGGCCGUGAACUUCCUAGCGCGGCCGCCCUGCGCUCCGCGUCGCCCAGGAUCGCAGCCCCGGGCCCCGCGGAGGAAGCGGGCUCACGUCCCCGCCUCGGCCGCCGCUCGGCUCCCGCCGCAUCCGGCCUCCGCGCGCUCCUGUCCCGCCCAGCCAGCGUCACCCCGGCCCCACUCCAGCCGCCGCCUGUCGUGGGUUUCCGAGUCCGGUUGCUUGAGGUGGAUGUGAUUUUUUUCUGUUCUUUAAGAAACAAUCUCUCGUGUUUCUUUUUGCCGAUCCUUCUCCUUUUGUGAAUUGCACUAGAGAACUCUUCAGAGCAGGGCUAAGCGCCACCAGCUGUCCCCACGUGGACGCUCCUGAGGGGGGGGAAGCAAACUUGUUCCAGCUGGCCUGGAAGCUACCUUCACUUUGUCGGGAUAGAAAGCCCUGGAAUCAUGACCCUUACGCUGUGCAGGUGGAAGUCUUUACCUGUCCUGGGCUGGACUUGAACUGAUGCUUCCCCAGCAUCCUACCGCCCCUAAGCUCACUCCUGGUGCCUGGGCCUGGCCCCAUACGGGUCAGCAACAUGGAUAAGUAUGAUGACUUGGGCCUGGAGGCCAGUAAAUUCAUAGAGGACCUGAACUUGUAUGAAGCCUCUAAGGAUGGGCUCUUCCGAGUGGACAAGGGUACAGGCAACAAGCCGGAGUUCGAAGAAACUCGCAGGGUGUUUGCUACAAAGAUGGCCAAAAUCCACCUCCAACAGCAGCAGCAGCUCCUGCAGGAAGAGACCCUGCCCAGAGGGAGCAGAGGUCCUGUCAAUGGGGGAAGCCGCCUGGGCCCACAGGCCCACCGGGACACUAGUGUGAGCAGCAAGCUGGCUGUGGACAGUGCUGGCAAGCCCCCUCUGGCUGCCCCAACAGUGGCACCUGGGGUCGCCACCACCAUUGUGGCUGGGCAGCCUACGUACCCUCCCCAGGAGCAGAGGGCCAGGCCGUAUGUCCACAGCACAAGGCCUGGCAGCCAGGACUGUGGCUCUAGAGAGGGUCCAGAAAGUUCUGAGAUGUCUGCUUUCCAUCCACCAGGCCCCUGCGAGGAUCCUUCCUGCCUCACUCAUGGAGACUAUUAUGACAACCUUUCUUCGGCAAGCCCAAAGUGGGGUGACAAAUCAGGAGUGUCCCCUGGCAUCGGCCUGAGUCUAGGGAGUGGGUGGCUUGAUCCCCCAGGGAGUGACCUCUCACUGCCCAAACCCUGCGGGGACCAUCGUCUGUACCAGCCACAGCUCUCUCUGAACUUCAGUCAGUCUUUUGAGAGUGGCCUCAGUGGUGACCAGGAGGGUGGUGGUGGUGGCCGCAGCAAUGAGAAGGGAGCAGGCCUUUGGUGCACUGCCUCCUCUCAGAGGGUGAGCCCUGGCCUUCCUAACCCAGGCGUGGAGAAUGGGACCCCAGCUCGGUCCAGGGGCCUGUCUGUUUCAGCACCCCUGGCCCCCAGCUGCCCUAGUCAAGGAGCUCCUCCAAGAACAAAUUUGGGACUGGGGUGUGAGGCUCCAGGUGUGAUGUCCGAGCCCACUGUGCACCCUCAGCCUCGGUGCCAGGAUGGGCCCAAAUCUUACCUUUCUAGUUCUGCCCCAUUAGCUUCCACAGCUGGCAAGGACAAUUCCCAGCCAGGUGUGGUCCCUGGACUGGGUCCCAAGCCUGGUUGCACGGACCUUGGCCCUGGUCCCAAGCUCAGCCCCACUAGCCUUGUCCACCCAGUGAUGCCCACCCCGCCUGAGUUAUCUCCUAAAGAGGGUCCUCCCAACUGGUCCCCUGACAGCACCCUGGGACCUAGGCUCCCAGGGAGCCCCAGUUCCACCCGGGUGAGACUGCCCUGCCAGACCCUCAUCUCCAGUCCUGAGCUCGGACCCUCAGCUGCAGAACUGAAAUUAGAAGCCCUCACCCAGCGUCUGGAGCGGGAGAUGGAUACCCACCCGAAGGCUGACUACUUUGGUGAGUUAGGGCUGCUGGAGUUGACCUUGGUGGGGUGAUGGUGGGGUCCCCACCAGGAAUGCCCUAGUUAUCCUCGAGUGGCAUUUUUUCUUUUGGCUUCCUGUUUGAAUCAUUUCUUCUGAUUCAGGAACUUGAAAGCAUCUUGAUCAGAAAGCGGAUCUUGUAGCUGGGAGUUACCCACUCGUGAAGGGUGAAGCAGGGUGGCACUGCUCAUGACCGCUCUCAAAAAAGGGAAAUGUGGGAUUUCAAGUGUUUUGGGUGCCACUUCUAGCCUCUCACGGUGACAGGUUCAUGGAGGACUCAAUUGGGAGUAGCUUUCUCAGGCCAGAGACCCCUGAGUGGUCAGUCUGAGCUGCCCACAGCCAUGUGUAUGAGCGUGGGUUGUGUGGCUUUUGGUACUUGGGUACAGUUGAGGCAGGUGAAUCAUGGAAGACUAGUUUAGGUUUUGGAUUUUUUUUUUUGUUACUUGGAUUUAAAAUCAGGGUCUCGUGCUUGCUAGACAGGCACUCU